GGUUACAUGGCCCGGUGUCAAAACGGAGAAUGCCCAACUGCCAUUAUCAACUACUCUAAAAAACGAAGAGCAUGCUCUCGCUCCUCUCUCUCUCCACCUCCUCACUCGCCACCUUAAAAUCCCUUCACGCCUCAUCCUCCUCCUCUCUCUCCUUCUUCCCGUCAAGAAACCCUAGAAGUUUCUCUAGCACCAUCAGAGCUUGUUCCGCGUCCUCCUCAGCCUCAGAUUCCGAUGAACCUCACGAACUUCACUCCGGCCGCCGGCGAACUAGUUACGCCGGGGUCCGGUUGGACGGGACCGUCGAUGCCGAGUCCGGCAAAAUCAGGCUCGAUUCGUGGAUUUCCUCUCGAAUCAACGGCGUGAGCCGGGCUCGUGUGCAGUCGAGCAUUCGAACUGGACUCGUUAGCGUUAAUGGCCGCGUAAUCGAUAAGGUUUCACACAUGGUCAGAGAUGGGGAUGAAGUUGAGUGCACUAUAUCGGAGUUGCAACCUCUAAAGGCUGAACCAGAAGAUAUACCUUUGGAUAUUGUCUAUGAAGACGAGCACGUGCUAGUUGUUAACAAACCUGCACACAUGGUUGUUCAUCCAGCACCCGGCAAUGCAACUGGAACUCUUGUUAAUGGAAUUCUUCACCAUUGCAGUCUUUCCACAUUUGCAUUUCCUAAUCAAGAAGUACUCUCCGAGAUGGAGGAUAUUUCUGACGAUGAGUUUAGUUGCUUUUCUCCUGGUCAAAGUGGUGAUGAAGAUGUAAGUUCUGUCAUAUUUGCGGCAUCGGUUCGCCCAGGAAUUGUCCAUAGACUAGAUAAAGGCACCAGUGGAUUGCUUGUUGUUGCAAAGGAUGAGCAUUCUCAUUCUCACUUAGCUGAACAAUUCAAGCAACACACAAUCCACCGAGUAUACAUCAGCCUAACAUGUGGAGUGCCCUCCCCACUAUCAGGACGUGUUGAUAUUCCAAUUGGUCGUGAUUUGAAUAAUAGGAUUCGAAUGACUGCUGUUCCUGGACCAAGCAAAUGUGGACAUGCACGUCAUGCUGCUAGUAGGUACAGAGUACUAGAAAUACUUGCUGGCGGUGGUUCCGCACUGGUAGAGUGGCGAUUAGAAACUGGACGCACUCAUCAGAUACGUGCACACGCGAAGUACUUGGGAAUUCCUCUAUUGGGGGAUGAGGUGUAUGGUGGCACUGCAAAUAUGGCCAUGUCGGGUCUUCGGCCUAGGACUCCAUCUUACUUUCAUGGGCAACUUAUGCAACUGGUUUCCCAAAUAAAGAGGCCUUGCCUCCAUGCUUUGGCUCUUGGGUUUAGGCAUCCGCAUACAAGGGAGAACACAAACUUUUCUUGCAUUCCACCUGUUGAUUUUGCUGAAACUCUGAGCCAGCUCCGUGACAUCAGUUUCGAGAAGGUGAAAACAACUUCAAAAACAUUUUAAGAAACAGAUUGGGAAAUAGUUUUCCGGCUGAAUUGAGGGCUGAUGGAGAAUGGGAGCCACAGAAGCCCCGCCUAAGUCAACAAUGUCCUCCUUGGUCAGAAUACUCGAAUCAACGAUGUGCCAACGCGUCCUUAGGCACCAACUGCUCGAGAGAUGUUGAUCAACUCCUAAGAGCAUCUCCAAUCCGACACCCUCCAAAUCUCUAUUUGAGAGGAUCAAAUUAAUCUAUUUUAUUUGAAAACUAGAUUUAGAGGGUUGUACUAUUUAUCUCAACUUCAAUCCAACACUCUAUUUCUCAACUCCAACACAUAUUUGGAGGAGAUCCUCUAUUUUUUCCUUCAUCCUCUAUAUUUAGAGGAUCAAAGUUCAUCCUCCCAAAUGGAGGAGAGUUUUAGAGGAUGGGUUGAAGAAUGUUUUUCCUCCAAAAUGAAGAAAUGGAGUAUGGGUUGGAGAUGCUCUAAGAGUGGUAGAGUAGAGUGGUAGAAGUUGAUCUCUGUAACCACCUUGGUGAGCGUGUCUGCAAGAUUAUCUGCAAUCGAAUCACUUGUCUGUUUGUCACUCGAAUUUCUUCUAUGCAAAACAUGGCUCCAAAGUAAAGAAGUUUCACCUUGUAACUAUUUA